AUGUAGUUUUAAAACUUCUUGAUAGUUUUAUAAAUCGAUACCUUAUAAUAAAUUUAGAAAAUUCCUAUUUAGAAUGAUUUUGUCUUUAUAGGGAAUGACUCAAUAAAUAAGAUUUAAAUUUUUAAACAAGCUACAGCUAUUAUCUUAUUCAAAUUAUUUAACACCUCUCUGAUAAACAUAAUUUAGUAGCUUUAUGAUACAAAUUAAUUCAAAUUAGUUUACUAACUUGACAUAAAUUAUUUUAAUUAUAAUCCUUAAAGUAUCCAGCUUGCUACUGAAAAUUAAUCAGUAACUUUUGGAUUAUAAAAAGAGAAUAUAGUUACAAUAAAUAAUGAUAUCAAUUAUAUAUCUAUAUAUGAUAGCAUAUCAUAAUUAUUAGUUUUAGCAAAGAAAACCUCAUAGUGUGUUUUAGAAAGACAGAUUAUUAUAUUCUUUAAUUUUCACCUUUGA